UUGCCCGGGUGAGGACGAGGCGCCAUAGUCACGGUAGUCGUGGCGACAAGAACCAAGCAACGAGAAUCAACAACAACAACAACAACCACAACCAGUAUCAUUAAGAAACAAACUUUAACGCCAAAACCAGGAAUAUUCCAGGGGGAAUUUGAGAGUGGUGGUCUUGGUCCAGCUGUGGCGGUAGUCAUGGCGACCCCAGGCUACACAGAAGAGCUCCAGCCGGCCCCCCAGCGCAACGCUGUCACCAUAGCAACACAAUCAGCCACGCCCUCCCGCUCCACGCCAACCCAGUUCAACCAGUCAGUGUCCAUCGUCUCCACAACCGGACAGGACAAACCUCCUGCUCAAACCACGCCCACCAAGGCCCAGAACCAGAAGACAGUGGUUCUGGCCACGCCUUCUCAGACUCAGUUUGUUACCACGGAGAUCCAGAGUUCUGCCACUCAGCAUAGUAACGGACAGAGUUCCACACCACAGUACAUCGUAGUAACCGUUACAGAGGGUUCUCUCCAUUCUAGUGACAGUGUAUCAGAGUCCAGUCCUCCAGUAGCUGUGUUUCAGACAGGGGUCCCCACCCAGGUAGUACAGCAGACCACCCAACAGCAGCAGCAUGUUUACUCUAGUCAGGUUCAGUAUGUGGAGGGAGAAGACGCUUCUUACACCACCGCCUCUACCAUUCGUUCUGGCAGCUACCCGUACUCCGACUCCCCCCUCUACUCCCAGACCCCUCCCUCUUCCUCCUCUUCCUACUACGAAGCCACGCCCACCUCGGGGUCACAGGUCACUAACUCCGUGACCUCACAGUCAGUCUCCAUAACUGCGGCAACGGGAGGAGGAGGGAGUGGUUACGUCAUCCAGGGCGGGUACGUAUUGGGAGGGGGGGGCAGCGAAGGAGGAACCUACUCCAGUCACAACACCAGAGCAGCCCCUGCCACAGUACAGUGGCUGCUAGAUAACUAUGAGGGUGCUGAGGGGGUCAGUCUGCCUCGCUGUACCCUCUACUGCCACUACCUCUUACACUGUCAGGAACACAAACUAGAACCUGUCAACGCUGCCUCCUUCGGCAAGCUCAUCAGAUCUGUCUUCAUGGGGCUGAGGACAAGACGCCUGGGCACACGAGGGAACUCUAAGUACCACUACUAUGGUCUUCGUAUCAAGGCCAGCUCCUCUCUACUCCGACUGAUAGACGACCAGCAGCACCUAGCCAUAAGACAGCAACCCUUCUCUCAGAAACACAGGAUAAAGCCGGUGCAGAAGGUGGAGGGCAUGACCAAUGGGAUGUCUCUGGGGGCGGGGCAGCAGCAGGGGGCAGGGCUCAGUGACAUCUCAGCUCAGGUGCAGCAGUAUCAGCAGUUCCUGGACGCGUCACGGGCGCUGCCUGAGUUCCCAGAGUUGGAUCUGCAGGACGGACCUCUUCCAGACGGGAUCAUUCCAGAACACAUCACAGCCUUCCAACAGCUCUACAGGGAACACUGUGAGGCCAUUCUCGAUGUGAUGGUGAACCUGCAGUUCACUCUGGUGGAGACACUGUGGAAAACCUUCUGGAGGUUCAGCGAGAGCAUCGACGCAGACACACUCAGCGUUCAUGGUGAGUCAGAGGAGCGUCUACCUAAGUGGUACCUGGUGGUGCUGUGUAAGUACCAGCCUGUUCUUCACUGGACCAGAGACUGUGACAACACACUGUACCAGGCCCUGGUGGAGAUCCUCAUACCUGACGUACUACGACCCAUCCCCAGUGCCUUAACUCAAGCCAUCCGUAACUUUGCCAAGAGUCUGGAGAGCUGGCUGACCAGCGCCAUGAUGAACAUACCAGAGGAGAUGGUCCGCAUCAAGGUGGUGUGUGCGGGGGCGUUUGCCCAGACGCUGCGGCGCUACACCAGUCUAAACCACCUGACCCAGGCAGCCAGGGCCGUCCUCCAGAACACAGCCCAGGUCAAUCAGAUGCUGAGUGACCUCAACAGGGUUGACUUCACCAACGUACAGGAGCAGGCGUCGUGGGUGUGUCGUUGUGAUGAUGGUGUGGUCCAGAGGUUGGAGCAGGACUUUAAGCAGACGUUACAACAACAUAACUCUCUGGAGCAGUGGGCUGCCUGGUUGGACGGCGUGGUCUCCCAGGUCCUAAAGCCCUACCAACACAGCCCUGCAGCCUUCCCCAAGGCUGCCAAGCUCUUCCUGCUGCGAUGGAGCUUCUACAGUUCCAUGGUGAUCAGGGACUUGACUCUGCGUAGUGCUGCCAGCUUCGGCUCCUUCCACCUGAUCAGACUGCUUUAUGAUGAGUACAUGUACUACCUGAUAGAACACAGAGUGGCCCAGGCUAAAGGAGAGACACCCAUCGCUGUCAUGGGAGAGUUUGCCAGUGUGGGCAGGAGUCUGAACUUUCAGGAUCCUGAUAAAGAUGAGGAAGAUGAUGAGGAGGAGGAGAGUGAUGAAGAGGGGGUAGAGAUGACCAUGCCGUCUAACUCCGCUGGUCUGGGAGAGGGGGAGUCGUCACUGGAGCCACCCAUCAAGCUAGCCAGGACUGACCCCUGAGGACUGUUCAAUACCACACACACACUGACCCAACACACUGACCCCUGAGGACUAUUCAAUACCACACACACACU